CUUGGUUUGAGGAGGAGGGAAAGCAAGAAGGCCAUGCUUCCAUCAAGCCUGUGGUGGAAGCCUUUCGAGAAGAUGUCAAGGACGAGGGCCAACCACGAAUCCUGCUACGGAAUCUGUGAGGAGGUGUUGUUCCCUUCGCUGAGUUCCGGUGUGCCAUCGCAUCGAGUCGCGAGGCGGCCGAAAGCUGAAGAGGUUUCUGCGGCGGAAGGUGACAGCUCUCCGAAGAUCAUCUGCUUGAAGGAUGCUUUGCUAUCUUUCCUGGAUGGUCGCGAAGGUUUCAUCGCCCACAUCAACGAGAUCAACAACGAUCGGGGCUUGAAGGAGGUGAUGGCUGCACAGCCGAAGCCCAUGAUGGCAAUCAAUAAGGUGUGGCUGAAGCAACACAAGGAGGAUUUUAGCUUGUUCCGCGCCAGCGACAACGAGAUGUACGUGGCAAAGACCGAGGCGUUAAAGGAACAGAAGGCAGCCAGGGCAAAGGCCGGGGAGGCGAAACGGCAGCCUGCGUACCAGCAGGUGAUUCAGAAAGCAGAUGCUGCGGCAGUGCCCUUGGUCUAUGAGUUCAGUUCCAAUCGGGCUCCUGAGGAGACCCACGGCACAGAACUUUGGUUCCAAAAGUUUCGAGAGGCGCUUCAGGGGUCUACGGGUCACACGACUAGCGAACUCCUGGCAAAAGUGCCAUUGUUUGCCGCAGCCAUGGGUGCAAGUCGACCGCGACAACAAGAGGAGUUGUUGGUCACCUUUCUUCAAAACUACCCACAGAGCUUCAAGGUGGAGAAGAAGGGCUUCGGUGCCGAACGAACUUACCUCGUCUCUCUGCGGUGAUGCCUGAAAAAGAUCUGUACAUAGCAAGUUACACCGUUGAACUGUACAUAAACUGCGAGAGCUUCGCGAUGGAUUCAUAGCCAAAGACUCCAAAAAAAAACCCGAAACCCAAACACACAAAAG